AUGACUAUCAUGAUGAAGUUGGGCUGGAACAUUCUGAGUGCUGGUGCUUCUGGUGUGUCCAAGGCAAGCAUGCAGAUCGGUGAUGACACGUUUACAGGCAGUUGUGCCGGCGUUGGUGAGGACAAGGAGCAUCGAGGGAUACGCUCUUGGGUCUUCUGUAGGGGCUUGUGGCGAGACGCGGAGGAUGCCUUGCGGCACCAGAAGCUCUCCGAGACAAUUGUUGCCUUCCACCAGCAGGUGGAUCAGACAAAUGUUGAUCUGAAGAAGAGCGCGCAACGGUACAACUUCAUAACUCCCCGUGACUUUCUGGAUUUCAUCAAUCACUUCAUCGGAUUGAUGACUGAGAAGCGCGAUGAAGUCCUGGACCAGCAGAGCCACAUUGACGGAGGCCUCAAGAAGUUGAAGGAGACUGAGGACCAAGUGGCCAACCUUCAAGUCGGCCUGGCAGAGAAGGAGAAGACACUGGCAGCGAAGAAUAAAGAGGCCGAAGAGAUGAUGUCUCAGAUGGUGAAGGGCCAGGGUGAGGCAGAGGAGCGAAAGCAAGCGAGUCAGAAGCUCCAAGUGGACCUGGCAGAGCAAUCCAAGGUCAUCGACGAGCGCCGAGGCGAGAUCCAGAAGAAGAUCGAGGAGGUGGAACCAGCCUUGGAAGCUGCAAAAAGUGCCGUUGGAGCCGUGAACAAGCAGGCUUUAGAUGAGCUACGAUCCAUGAACAAGCCGCCCGAACAUGUGAAGAUGGCGAUGGAGGCUGUCAUCCUCAUGGUAAGGCCGGAAAUUCCGGCAGCUACCAUCAACUGGGAAGCGGUGCGCAAGGUCAUGCGAGAUGCAAACUUCAUUCCCAGCAUCUUGGAGUAUGAUGCAGAGCAGCUCAAGGAUGCUACGAGGGAGACUCUGAAGAAGAAGUACAUCCAAAACAAGGCAUGGGAUGUGUCGCGAAUAAAGCAAGCCUCUCGCUGUGCGGGUCCUGUGGCCCAGUGGGUGGAGAGCCAGCUGCAGUUUGCCGACCUCCUGAACAUGAUGGAGCCCAUGAGGAACGAGCUGCAGCAAAUGCAACAGCAAGCUGACAAGAACAAAGUGGAGUUACAGGCCUGCGAGAAGGAAGUUGCAGAGAUGGAGAAGAAGAUCCAGCAGUACAAGGAGCAGUAUGCUCAGUUGAUCACGUCCGUGGAACAGAUCAAGCACCAGAUGCAGCAAGUGCAGAAGAACUGCUCGAGGUCGACGCAGCUGCUGUCCGACUUGUCUUCGGAGAAAGUGAGAUGGCAGGGCUCCUCAAAAGGAUUCCAGGAGCAGACGGCAAGCAUGAUUGGGGAUGUGUUGAUCUGCGGUGCCUUCUGCACCUACAUCGGCUUCUUUGAUCUCUUUAUGCGCCAGCGCGUCAUCCAGCUCUGGCGUGAGAAGCUGGACGAAGCUGAAAUCAAGCAGCUGGAUAAUUGUUGA